GUGCACCCACCGUAGGACAGUAGUUAUCCAGAUAUUGGCGAUUGUAAAAGCUCAUUUUAUUGUCUACAUUUUUUUGCGGUCCAACCAGGUGCUGCUGCUGCUGAUGACGAUGAUGAUGAUGUGGGGUGCCACACUGAUUCUCAUGUCCUUUGUUGCAGCCCAGGUGACAUCACAAGAAAUUAAAGUGCAGUGUCAUGAAUUUAAUGAUUUGCCUCCUAGCAGUGAACCCUCUCCUUCUGAGCUGGCAAACCUGACCGUGAUGCUGGUGAAAGUAAGAGGAGAAGAUAUGUUGAACAUAAGCUGGGCAGUCAACAUUGAUGGUAGUCAUGAAUACCUGACUGGCAUUCGGAUCGUGAUUUCGGGGCAAACACCGUACCAUUGUGAAUACCACCCGGCUUUUGCCGAGCCAUACCUCCGAGGAUCCGAGCAGAAAUGGUUUUAUUAUUUGGUAAAAGCAAGCUAUGGCUUCUAUGUAAUCCAAGCUGCCAGUCUCCCUCUGGGUCCGCCAGAGAGAUUCUCUUACAAGUUUACCAUGAUCAGAGUACCUCGUCCAGCAACUGCCAAAACAAAGCCUGCUACAGUUCCUACAGCUGAGACCACCUCAGAAUCAAGUAAAGUAGCUGUCCAUGGUGACGUCAACUUCACUGGCAUAGUGGUGGCCAUUUUCGGAGGACUGGUUGGCUUGAUUAUCCUGAGUUCCUGCUACAUACUGUAUAAAAGGUGUGGAGCCAGCUUUGCCACCUUAUUGGGUUUCAAAAAGUUGCCUACAUCUCCUCCGAUCCCCAUCCCUGUCCUUGUGGUGUACCCUGCUAAAAAUUCAGCCUUCCAGCGGGCCGUAGUAGAGCUGGCUGAGUUCCUGCAGUGGCACGGCGGCUGCAGUGUGGCUGUCGACAUGUGGCAGCAGGGGAAGAUCGCAGAGCUGGGGCCAAUGCGCUGGCUGGCAGAACAACUUAAAGCUGCACACAGAGUGCUCAUCGUUUGCCCACAGGUAGAAAUUCCUUCAUCACAGCCCAGCCACUCUCCUCUCAACCACACCUUCCCAGAACCCUCCAUCCCAGCUGCAGCUCAUGACCUUUACCCCCUGAUUCUUAAUAUGGUGGCGAGCCAUGCAAAGAGCGCCAGCUACUUGGCUAAGUUCUGGGUGGUGCAGCUGGGUGAGCAGCAGGACAAGAAGCCUUGUAACCUGGCGCCGCAACUGGGGGCCUGCAAGACUUUUUGUUUGAUGAAGGAUUUGAACAAGCUGUGCAGGAGUCUUCAUACCCAGAGUCAGGAUGGCAAGAAGAUGUCCAAUCUGAUCUUCAGACCAGAGAUUGCCUACAGUGAAAAGUGUACAGUGAACAUAAGAGAAGCUGUAGAAAAGCUGGGUGGACGUCAGUCAAGCAUUUUCAGAGAGGGGAACCAUUGAGAUCUGUGGUUGCUGUUGUUUAAACAUCUGUAAUGAAAAUAUUUAGAUUGAUGGAUAAAGAGGAUGCAUCAAAAUAGUUGACUGGUGAAUAGCUGAGUCUUUAAUUGUGCUUUGUAAAUUGCAUUUUUUAUUUAUUUUUUUUAGAGAUGGCACAGACCUAUACUCAUCUUGGCCCUACGGGUUUUUGUCAGUAUUUCCUCUGUGGUUUUUCAAGUUUCCUGUUUUCCACCUUAAACAUGCUCCGUUAGAUAAACGGGCAACAAAGACAGCUUCUCUUUUCUAUUUUGUGGAAUCGAUUUAAGAAAUGAGAUACUUGUUUAUGUGCAUCAGGUUUUGUUUCAACAUUUGGUGGGAGGUCUGGUUUCCCCCAGGAAAUUUUGAGAGUCAAACACUUCAUUUCCUGCAUUCUGGUGAAUUUUUUCUCACCAAUUUGUGGUGGAAAUGUCUAUUUUAUGUAAAGAAAAAAAAAAUCAGCUGACAAUUUGAAAUAAAAAUGGGCAUUCUGUUGCUUUCAAAUAUUUUCCACCUGUAGAUCCACUUUUCUUAUUUAAUGUUAUCCCUGCUGCGUCAACACACAUGUUGGCAUGAUUUACUCUUUUCUUCUCCAUUGUUUGGGGUAAUAUCCUCUCUAAAUAUGCAUGUUGCACCUAUUCACAUCAAUGAUACAUUAUUCAUUUUAAUAGAUUUAUAUACCCCUGGGCUUUAAUAGCUCAUAUGUGAUGUGUGAAAUUUGGACAAGAAGAAACUGUGUCAAGAAUUUGGUAAGUUACUGAUCGGCUUGUGUAUGCACUUUUCUGGACAAUGCACAUUUAUUUCUUCUGUAUUGACAUUGCAUUGUAUGUUUCCAUAUGGUGCAAAUAAACCUCUCUCAAAGCAUU